AUGAACAGCUGCCCCCAGGGUCCGUACAGUGACAGUCCUCCCUGGGGCCUUCCCAUUUGCCCUACCAUCUGCGACGGCUUUAGUGGCUUUUCCAGGGGUGUUGGCGCUCCUAGGGGACUUACAAGGGGCCCUGUCAGGGGCUGUGGUUCCCCCAGUGGCCUUAUCAAUGAUGAUAGCGCCGUCACAGACCCUCCCAGAGGCGGUUGCGUCCCAAGGGACCCUCCUAAGGGCUACCUCGCCGCCAAGGCUAUCCCAGGGGCGACGGAGCCCUCUGAGGCUCUCCCAGGGGAAACUGUGUCUGCAGGAGCCCACUUAGGGAGGACGGCACCCCCAGGGAAUUUCCAGAGCUGCCCCCAGGGUCCCUACAGUGACAGUUCUACCUGGGGCCUUCCCAUUUGCCCUACCAUCUGCGACGGCUUUAGUGGCUUUUCCAGGGGUGUUGGCGCUCCCAGGGGACUUACAAGGGGCCCUGUCAGGGGCUGUGGUUCCCCCAGUGGCCUUACCAAUGAUGGUGGCGCCGUCACAGACCCUCUCAGAGGCAGUUGCGCCCCAAGGGACCCUCCUAAGGGCGACAUCGCCGCCAAGGCUAUCCCAGGGGCGACGGAGCCCUCUGAAGCUCUCCCAGGGGAAACUGUGUCUGUAGGAGCCCACUUAGGGGGGACGGCACCCCCAGGGAAUUUCCAGAGGGUCCGUAUAGUGACAGUUCUACCUGGGGCCUUCCCAUUUGCCCUACCAUAUGCGACGGCUUCAGGGGCUCUCCGAGGGGAGUUGGUGCUCCCAGGGUACUUACAAGGGGCCCUGUCAGGGGCUGUGGUUCCCCCAGUGGCCCUACCAAGGAUGGUGGCGCCGUCACAGACCCUCCCAGAGGCGGUUGCUCCCCAAAGGACCCUCCUAAGGGCUACCUCGCCCCCAAACUCUAUCCCAGAGGCGAGGGAGCCCUCUGGGGCCCUCCCUGGGGAAACUGCGCCCCUAGGAGCCCACUUCGGGGCGACGGCGCCCCCAGGGGAAUUCCCAGAGGUAGCGGCGCUCCCAGGGCACCACCCAGGAGUAUCGGUGCCCCCAAGGGCUAACCCAAGGAUGGUGGCGUACUUAGGGGCUCUCCCAGGGAAGGUGGCGCCCACAGAGGCCCUCCCAGCUGCAGCGGCAUCCUCAGUGGACCUCUCAGGACUGUGGCCCUACAGUGACAGUUCUACCUGGGGCCUUCCCAUUUGCCCUACCAUAUGCGACGGCUUUAGUGGCUUUUCCAGGGUUGUUGGCGCUCCCAGGGGACUUACAAGGGGCCCUGUCAGGGGCUGUGGUUCCCCCAGUGGCCUUACCAAUGAUGGUGGUGCCGUCACAAACCCUCCCAGAGGCGGUUGCGCCCCAAGGGACCCUCCUAAGGGCGACCUCGCCGCCAAGGCUAUCCCAGGGGCGACGGAGCCCUCUGAGGCUCUCCCAGGGGAAACUGUGUCUGCAGGAGCCCACUUAGGGGGGACGGCACCCCAAGGGAAUUUCCAGAGUGGCCUUACCAAUGAUGGUGGUGCCGUCACAGACCCUCCCAGAGGCGGUUGCGCCCCAAGGGACCCUCCUAAGGGCGACCUCGCCGCCAAGGCUAUCCCAGGGGCGACGGAGCCCUCUGAGGCUCUCCCAGGGGAAUCUGUGUCUGCAGGAGCCCACUUAGGGGGGACGGCACCCCAAGGGAAUUUCCAGAGGUAG